GAGAGGCCGAGGCAAUGACAAAGACAGAAAUUAUUGUGUUGAUUUUUACAUAGUUUUUGUGAUGAUCCUUGUUCUUCAGAUCAUGGGUGUUCACAUGUCAUGAAAAUAUAUUCUAGGGGAAAUGGUCGUCAGUCAUUCGCCAUUACUGUGUUUGUUUGUUAUAUGCAAUGAUUGUUCAAUGAGUGCGAAUCGUUUUUUGUACUCCCUCACUCAAGCCUGAGGGUCAUAGAGCAGGACUGCGCCUACACCAAUUUUUUUUCUGGGACCUCAUUAAAAUGCGCAACCUUCGAACUGUCGAACCUUGUUUUUUGCGUCGAAUGUUUACUACUGUUGUCAUGAUGGUGAUUUGUACAUGAACAAAGAAUUAGUUACUGUUUCAUGAUGGAUGACAGACGCAUUGCUGACUACUUUGUUGUUGCUGGGUUACCCCCACAACCUCAGCAUUUAGAAGAUGUGUCUCGAGAUGGGACAAUGCCUAGUGGGUUGGUUGGGCCAGCCCCCAUCACAGACUUGGCUGUCAUCUUCCCCAGCCUUGGGGAAUCUCCUCCCCCAGGUUUUUCCCUUUUAGAAGUAACUCCAUCAGGGCUACCGGCAAAUUUAAACCAUGGAAGUUAUCGAACCCCUGAAGUUUUUCUUUGCUACAGAAGAGGGAGAGAUAAACCUCCUCUUGUUGAUAUUGGAGUUAUGUAUGAGGGAAAGGAAAGAAUUAUGCAAGAUGCCGAAGUAGUUAAGAAAACGCCAUAUGGAAGAAUUGCAAAUGUGAACAAUUCCACUGCUCACAUUUUUGUGACCUACCGCCGUGCAUCACCCACCAUGCCUUGUAAUGAACUAGUUGUUACUGAUGUAUGUGUUAUAAUUGAAAGCAAAGGAGAGGACCCGCCACCUGCAUUCUGUGUUUUGAAGAAAAAUCUCAACAAGGGAAUGGUUGGAUCUGUUGUGUAUUUGUGCUACAAGAAAUCAAUGAACAGAGCUAAUUUGAUUUCUUAUAAGCCAGAUAUUUUGUCUCGGUACCCAAGACAUGAUUUAUCAAACUUUCCAUUCCCUGUAUCUGUUCCCUUGUUUUGCUUACCUAUGGGUGCUUCUUUGGAAUGUUGGCCUAAAAAGGCAAUGCAACCUAGACCUGUGUUUUCAACAUUUGUCUUAACUGUAUCAGAUGCAUCUGAAAAGGUUUAUGGAUCUGCAAUAACUUUUUAUGAGCCAUACCCUGAAGAACAACUAACUGAUGAACAAAUUGAACUCCUCCAACUACCCAAAGAUGCAGAUCCUGAAGAUUACACAUACAAUGUGAACAAGUGCAUCUGUCUGCUGUCUCAUUGGCCAUUUUUUGAUACUUUUGAACACUUCCUUCUGUUCCUGUAUAGCAUGGCUUGCAGCGGCCCCCAACCUGUUCCUAUUGAAAGAUAUAUAUCUCAUUUUUUGGAAGACGUACCAUUUCCUUCACCACAACGUCCACGAAUCCUGGUUCAACUUUCUCCUGCAGAUAGAGUCAUACUUACUCAGCCUGAAGAUUUACCAUUACCAAGGAGUGGAGCCCGAUUUCGUAGUCUGCUGAUCAAUUUAGGCCCUGACAAUUGUUUGCUUGUUCUUUUGUGUGCUCUCACUGAACAAAAAAUUCUUGUUCAUUCACUGCGGCCUGAUGUUUUGACUGCUGUAGCAGAAGCCAUCUCAAUGAUAAUAUUUCCUUUCAAGUGGCAAUGCCCUUACAUUCCAUUAUGUCCUUUGGGCCUUGCUGAGGUCCUACAUGCACCUCUCCCAUUUUUAAUAGGAGUUGAUUCUCGUUUCUUUGACCUCCAUGAUCCUCCAAUUGAUGUAGUUUGUGUUGACCUUGACACUAAUUUAAUAACAUUAUGUGAUGAAAAACGCAAUCUAAAUACUAAAAUACUACCCAAAAAGCCAGCUCGUACCCUUCGCAAUACUUUAGAGACUUUGUAUCAGAAAGUCAACCAAAGCAUGGAAAAUUACAUUAAUUGUAGUUUACAAGACUCUUCUCAUGAUGCUGGUAUUGAUAGAGAUUUCCAGAUGAGAAGAAAAGAGCAAGUUCUAGAGUUGGAGAUUCAGGAGGCCUUCUUAAGAUUCAUGGCUUCAAUCAUUAGAGGCUACCGUGUCUACUUAAUGCCAAUUACGAAAGCCCCCACCAUCGGUACAACCGACCCCAACUCCCUGUUUAAUUUAGGAGGGUUUUUACGCUCCAGGGACAAAUCAUAUCAUAAAUUUUACACACUUGUAAUGAAAACACAGAUGUUUAUUCGUUUCAUUGAAGAACGAUCUUUUGUCUCUGAUAUGGAUGCUGGGUUGGCAUUUUUUGAUAUUUGUUGUGAAAAGAUGAACUCUGAGGACAGUGUUACUCAUUUAAUUGAGCUUGAUGAGGCCCUGAACAAUGAGAGAACUGUAUUCAUCAUGCCUCCUGAACCUUCACCAAACUCAACUACAGCCUACACUUACAACGGACGCUUCACUUUAAAUCCUGCUCUAUUCAGCUCAAAGGAUUUGAAAGAUGUAAAGCACCUCCUUCGUAUUGGAGGAGGUCGUUUGAGCAAUAGCUCUGGAGGCCUAGGAGUACCCGGAAGUCCAAUGGCCCGUAGAACCAAGCACGAGAUAAAAUCUGCUCAGAAGUUAGCUCGGAAGUCUGCAUCUUCACCAGAACAUUGGGCAAAGUGCCUUGUAGGUACUUGUUACAGUUUAUGGUUCAUUCAUUUACCCAGUUAUAUUAUGAUGAACCCACGGAAAGCAUCAACAUGCCUACGCACAGCCUAUGACCUACUCAACAUGAUGCAGAGAAUGAAGCUUCAGCCCUCAGAUGAAGUUUGCUACAGAGUGAUGAUGCAGCUUUGUGGGGUGUACAGCACCCCAGUUCUGGCAGUCAAACUUCUUUUUCUAAUGAAGCGAAGUGGAGUCCAACCUAAUGCUAUCACCUAUGGAUUCUACAAUAGGGCUGUCUUAGAAGCCACUUGGCCAUCAGAUAUGAAUAAUUCAAGCCAAUUAUUAUGGAAUAAGCUCAGGAAAGAUCUUUGGUUGGCGGCUCAUCGAAUGGCAGUGCGACAAUGGGGAGGGGAUCUGUCCAGUCAGUGGGACAGUUCUGAUACCACGAAAUGGAGAAAUGUCAUCAUGGGGGCAGCUUUAUUCCGCCGUGCUGGCUCCAAGGGACAAGUAUCUCGUAGAGCUUCUGCCUUUGUAGAAGAUGGAUCAUCCGGAGCUGAUAACUUUGUAGAUGUUUCCUCUCAAACAUCAUCUGUGGACAGUAAUGAUCCCAAAAAUAUUGAUCAAAUAGCAGGUGAAGAAAAUAAACUUAAGAACGGAACUUUUGAUGCAGGAAAAGGAAAAUCUGCCAUUACUAGCUCAACUUCAACUGAUUAUGCUGCAUUAGAUCGCUUCAGAAGUAGGGUAGGAAGUAUUGUGAGACCGAGUGGAGGGUCUCUCCUCAGCAAUGGAAGCCUUCAAAAACAGCCCUUUGAAAGCAGUGCUGGUUUGUUGAUGACCAGUCAAUAUGAUGGUAAACCUGCUCCUCUAGUAGAAGAGUGCGAAGAUUUGGAUGCAUUGCAUGAUUCUAUAUCUCCAGUAUUAGAAAAUGGAAAAGUGGCUUCACCCGUAAAUCCUAGACGCUCCCGCGGUAGGAGUGGCAGCUGCUCGGAUUUUACUUUCUCUAACAGGCUAUCACAACAUGAGAAAAACCCACCUUUCCAUUCUCCACUUGCUCCUCAUAGUCCUAAAGCAACUGUAGAACCGGGUAGUCCAAUUGCACCAAAUCCUGCUGAACACUUCAAAAUUUUAAUGAGGUCAGAGAGUUUUGCUAAUGACGCUGGUAUUCUUGAAAAGCUUCACAAAUUGAAACUAGGUUUAUCACCUGCGACAAAUGACGGCUCUGGAAAUGGGAAGUCAGGUCUUUUUUCUGAGACUAGUAAUACAAAUGGUCCAACUGAUGUUGUUAACAACACUCGUAAUGUGUCAUUCCCUCGAGCUUCGUCUGUGUCCAAAGCUUUGUUUGGGAGGAGAGGAAGCUUCAACUUUCGACGAACACAGAACUCAGAAAGUCGUGAAUCUCUCUCAGAAAAUCCAGAUGAGAGAAGCUCUGCUGAGAACAGUCGUGGGGGCAGUACCGAUGAUUUGGAUUCUUUAGGAUCCCAACAUACUACACCCACUCGACGUCUCUUAGCCGGCUGGAAUAACCAGUGGAAUAACAGCCAGUGGAGUUCUCGCUUGUGGAACAUGCGUGAAGGUCAGACUCAAGAACAGCAAGUAAAUGAAAAAAAUGAUACUAGUGAACAGUCUCCUUCGCGUUCUCUUCCAAAGAGUCCAACAAGAACGCCUGUCACAGAAAAUGAUCCUCUUGGAGCCCUAGUGGGGGAAAUCGAGGAGGAGGAAGAAACAUCUCAAUCUUGUAGAAGAGAAAGUUCUGAGGAGAGUAAUAAUAUAAGCCUAGUGCUUGAUGAAGAUGGUAACCCAGUAUUGUUUGGAGGGAGAAGGUCUGGAAAGGCCAAUGAGAAAGGUGUAGCAAGAAGUGCAACAUUCCAUGAAGACGAACGUGUAGCAACAGAUCAGGACUAUGAUUCAGGCAGAGAGGACCUAAAGAAGACAAAACUAAUGCAACGAUCAUCUACUAUCACCAUGCCACUUGAUUCUCAAAGUGAAACAGGUGGAGGAGGUUCAGUUGCAGCAAGUAUUGGAAGUUUAGGAUCCAGCUUCAAGUUACCAUUUAGACCACCAGGUUCUGUGAGAAUAAGUAGUAGUCCCAAUGUAUUGUCGCUGAAAAGACAAAGUAGCCCCAAUCCAGUGACAUUCAAGUGCACUGUGUCUGUUCCAUUCUCAGAUGAGGGCCCAAGCAGCUUGACAUCAAAAAAAUCUAGUGAACUUCUUAUGGGUGGUCUGAACAGUUUGAAGUCUGCUGCAACUUCAGUAGCCAAAAAGUUUGAUGAGAUUAAGGAAGCUGUGUCUGCAAAUAACACACCAACAAAAGCAACCAAUAUACGUGAUAGAGAUCGUGAAGGUAGCUACUAUGAUGAUGACCACCCGGAAGGAAGCUCAUCAGUUGAAGAAAGUGCCAACACAAGUCGCAGCAGAAAAGUUUCAAGUGAAUUCUCACCCUCUGUCACCCAAAAUUUAGAGUACUGGGGAAGCAAUUUGCUUGAUCUAUUUGGAGAUAACAGCCGCAAAGGAAGCUCAUCUAACUUGCAGCCACUUGGUGAAACAUCGUCUGUGACAUCACAACAGAUGCCAGUACUGCCAGAAAACCUUUACCCUAAACACAGACGUGAUUCUCGAAUACCUGUGGCCGAGAAACUCAUACUUACUACCUGCUCAAAGUGUCAUAACUGUGGUGGCAUUCUUUAUGAUGAAGAAAUCAUGGCAGGAUGGUCCCCUGAAGAUUCUAAUCUCAACACCAAAUGUCAGUUCUGUGACAAAGCUACUGUGCCUUUCCUCACAAUUACAGUUAUGGAUUAUCGUAGCCAUCAGAAAGCUCCAACAGGCAUUAGUCAGGAAAGCUUACAUUCUAGUCCACGAAGAAAGAACUCAGGCUCUCUGUCUGUAAGAGUAGCAAGCUGGAUGUCAUUAAAUUCUGGAAGUCUUUUGAGUGUUGCUGAGACAGAGGAAACCAAACAGCCAGCACUGCAACCAGAUGAUUUACAUGAGUCCGCUCCAUCUAUGUCAAUGAUCCCAGAAAACGCUAUGUCCCCUGAGUUUUUGACUCCUGUUAGUGAAACAUCAGGUGCUGCCCCUUCAGAGGCUGCUGCCUCUUCCACAUCUGACUAUGACACCCCCACAACAGAAGUGGCUGAACCAACCGAAAUUCUUGAUGAUGACCUGACUCAAGGCACAAGUUUGCUUGCACUUGACUCAUCACCCGUGGUUGUAGAUGAGAAUUCUGCUGAAAUAAAUACAAGCCAUACUAAUGGUAUUCAAGAAAUAAAUGUUCCCGAAGAUGGUGCAACUCCUGUUUCUGGUGAAGCGGACAUUCCUGAAAUUGUUGAUACUCCUAAGGUUGAAGAAGACCCUGUUACCCUGGAACCCAUAACUGUUCCAUACUUAAACCCAUUAGUAUUGCGCAAGGAACUUGAAAAUAUAUUGCAUGCAGAGGGUGAUGUAUGCCUCACCAGACCUUGCUUUGUUGAUGAACAUCCCAUCAUAUUUUGGAAUAUGGUGUGGGCUUUAGAGCGUAUUGGAGUAGAAAGCCAUCUUCCAGGUCUCUGUCUUCAGUCUGGAACUGUACUUAGACAGCAGACUAACAUCCAUUCAUCAUGGACUAGCGCAGAUCACCGCCAUGUCGUUGUUCGAUGCAUGUGGGACAAUCCACGCCUCCAUGAGGAAGUAGGUCUUCCUAUGUAUGUUUUGUGGCAGCAAGAUGAUCAGCAUUCCUCUUUGAUUAGUGCUCUUCUUACUGAUCGCACAACUGUCUCAAGACCAGUAAUGGAAAUGAUUAUAGCAUCUAUUAGGUGUAAUGAUUUACUAGAACCACUAAGAAAGCUGGCAACAGAGCGUCAGAAAUUAAAAGGAAGAGGGGUGACACGCAGUCAUUCCAUCUAUCGUGACAUUCUAUUCCUUGCUUUCAUCGUACUUGGGAGGGAUAAUAUUCAUCAGGCUUCAUUUGAUCGAGAGUAUGAAAAUGCAUUUGACAAACUCACAGAACAGGAGCGGAAGCUUUACAACCCCUGUGAUCAACCUUUAUCAAUUCCUUCUCUGUGCUGCAGGCACUAUUUCCGUGAGCUUGAACUAUAGAGUGUGGUAUAUUUAGGGCUAUUUAAACAGACUCCUAAAAAGAAAAUUAGCUAAAUAUAUUAUUGGUGUCUGUGUAGACAUUACUGGAAAUGCUAUUGAAUAUGUACCAGUAUUUUAAAUCUAAUGGUUACAGAAAAUGUGGAACCCUGAACUUGGCGGAUAAUGUAAACAUUACUAUAUGUUACAUCUGCCAUUAUACCAGUUCAGUAUUUGGUAGAAUGUAAAGUUGUAAAGAAAAUAAGGAUAAAAGUUGUUCUGGGUAUUUUCUCACAAUUCUUAAAAGUUUUGUGUCAGGCUUCUUGAUUUUACAAUUGGUGUGUGAUGCUCUGUUUAAGCACAUGCCAUGUCAUGUCAUGUCCAAACUACUGUAUAGAUGUUUGUGUUCUUUAAUGCUCAUAGGUAUUGACUUAAUAUUUAAGAGGAAAUGGUCCAAGUAGUUUUCUUAUCAAACAUUUGAAAUGAACAGGGUAGUACAAAAUUAAAUUCUACUUUUUUACUCAUUGUCAAUUAUACGUAAGUCGGUGAUCAAACGUUGUAUGUUUUUGUAUAUAUCUUAUGAAUACUUGAGUAUUAAUGUAUGAAAACUAAUUAAGAAAUUUUAAAGAUCGAUUUUGUACAUGGCCAUCAAAAACAGUCAGUAUACAUUAGUAUUUAUACUUGGAACUACUUACAUACCUAUUUGUUAAUUUUUAUUUUAUUGUAGAUUGUGCAUUACAUUUGUCGGAUUUAUGUUACCUUAAAUGCCAUUGGCUACUUACCAUAGGUUGUCAAUUCUCCAAUUUUAUUGGCAAAAUUAUACUGUUCUUUUUAAAAGUGACAUAGUUUAAUUAUCUACA